GGGCGGGAGCCUGGCUCGGCCGGUGGCGCCGGCCUCUCUCGCUGCCGGAACCUUCGCUUCCAGGCCGGGUUUCCGCGGCCGGCGGGGGGCGGUCCCCAGUGCCAGCCCCGCCAUGGCGGCGGAGGGGAAGGAUCCGCUCGGCUACUUCGCGGCCUACGGCAGCGACAGCAGCAGCUCCAGCUCGGACGCCGAGAGCGAGGAGCCGCGCGCCGCCGGGGGAGGGGCGGCCGGGGAGGCGGCCGGGGUUAGCCCGGGCCGGAAGCCGCGGCUGCCCGGGCCCGACGAGCUGUUCCGGAACGUGUCCCGGCCGCCGUCCUUUCUCUCUAACCCGCUCAACAAGCAGAUCGACUGGGAGCGCCGGGUCGUGCGGGCGCCCGAGGAGCCUCCUAAGGAAUUCAAAGUGUGGAAGACUAAUGCAGUACCACCACCUGAGAUUUACAGUAUUAAGGAAAAGAAGCCACCGCCACCUCCUGAGCUUGAUAUGGCAAUAAAAUGGUCUAACAUAUAUGAGGACAAUGGUGAUGAUGCUCCACAACCAACAAACAAAGUUAAUUUUUUACCAGAAGAGGAGCAUGAGCCUUCAGAAUCAGAUGAAGAAAAAGAUGAACCAGCUUCUGCUAAGAAACGCAAACUAGACACUGGAGAAGAGACUAAGAGGAAGAAGUAAUAAGCAGGAUGAACUGCAUUUGGCCCCCUAUGGACACGUUGUGAACUUUGAUUCCUCUGCUGAAAUGGGAAACAAAUAUACUUUCACUUAACUUAUAUCAUAUGUUGUUUAGAGAUUUUUUAUUUCCAUAGAAUAUUUGCCACUUGGAAAGCACAAGAGCUCAUGGAUCAGUAUUGUGAUAAAACUUGUAUCUACUGAACAAAAAUUCAGUCCAUGUAAUCAAUUUAUUUAAAACACACUCUUUUAAAGUAUUGUGAUGAAUAUUUGUGCUCAUACAGGUUAUAGGGUUUUGUAGUAUUCUCUUUAUCCACAAACUUGUGAUGUGAGCUUUUCUCAGCUGACCUGCCAUCGUGCUAAAAACCUUUUAUAAAGGAACAUAUUUUUUUAAAAUGUUGUUUUAAGUAACAUAGUGUGGUACAUGUUUAAUCAAUGCUGUUUUGAAAUGUGUGUAAAUAGGUAGGUCACCCGAAAUUAAAACUACCUGUGAAAAUGUAUAUAGCUUAGCUGUUUAAUAUGCAAUGAACUGGACAAAUUCUAUACUGUGUGUUAGCAGUAUGUUAGAGACGCUUGACAGCUUCUUCAACGUUUGAUGUGUAAUAAAUUGAGAGUUACCGCUUCA